GCUGCUCCUUGGCUCCUGCUCUGCGCUGCUCUGAAGGCCACGGCCAGGCGAUGGCUUCCCCCGAGCUGGCCUGCAGCACCCCCUGCGAGGCAAAGUGCCCCCAGCCCCUGGCCAGCAGCAGCAACGAGCCCUGCGUGGUGGCCUGCGGUGACUCCCGGGUGAUCAUUUACCCACCCCCCGUGGUUGUCACCUUCCCGGGGCCCAUCCUCACCACCUACCCGCAGCAAACCGUCGUGGGAUCCUCGGCGGCUCCCGAGGUGGCCGCGGCAGAAGCUCCGGCGGCGGCUCCCCUGCCGGCGGCGGUCGCAGGCAGGCUGGAGGCAGCUGCCGACAAACUUGGCCCUCAGGUCAUCAGCAGACCCGAGCCCCGAGGUGUCCCCAGGUACUCCUACACUUAUUCUUCCCAAUGGACACAUCCCUGCAGCUCGCACCGCGCCGGGAAGCGUUGGACACACUGA